CAAUCAGCUGAGAUGGUGACCGAUGUGCAGCUGGCCAUAUUCGCCAACAUGCUGGGCGUCUCGCUCUUCCUGCUGGUGGUUCUCUAUCAUUAUGUGGCCGUGAACAACCCCAAAAAACUGGAGUGAGGCUGUGAGCGAGACAGGAUGACGGACCAAGAACCGGACGAUCAGGCGGCCUGUAAAUUUGCAUUUUGUAUGAAAAUGAUGUGAAUAAAUUGUCAGAGUGUGAGAGA